AUGAUUGACCGCACCGAAAAACGCAAACGUCAGCUGGCUGUUGAACUUCAGAAUUCGCGUGUUUAUGAAAAGCGCAGUAACACAGGUUUGUCAGUGGCGAGGAGGUCAAGUCUUCCGAGUAGCGGAUCCCCUCAACGUUGGUCUAAGUCUGCUUCCCCUCAGCUACCAAGUGGAAAGGAUAAUCGUGACGUCAAACUAAGGUACUCUUAUGCUGUGAGGUUGCUUAGGAAGAGGCGGGACUUUGGGUCGACCCAAAAAAAAUUAGAAGGGUUUGUAUGGAGUUUUCUGAGUAUAACCGGCUAACUUCUCAGAGAUAAUUUGCCCCGAAAUGCUCAUUUUUGGUAAGUAGGCCUCUUGGAUAUUGUUCUUUCAGAAUAUCCUGACAAAUCCCAUAAUUUCAGAAAUUUCAUUUUUAUGACGUCAUCACUUAAGUACUCUAUAUGACCCAUUUAUACGAGUGAGCUUUCUUUCUGAGAGGAGCUUGCUCGUAUAAAUGAUGGUAAUAAGACUGAGUGGAGUCUAGUUCAGUUUGUAAUCCAACGAGUGAUUAAACAAUGCAAAAUCACGUCGGAGUCAAAUGUGGUUAAAGUGUUUAUCACGGUGUGAUUAAAGAACGAACUAGAAGAUACGAAGUUCCGUUGCCAUGAAAUUCAUCGUAAAAUAAAAUAAAAGCCUUUACUUACGUUUUAAGAGUAUCUAGUCCCUGUUUACUAAUUGGGGACGGAAACAAAUUAGAGGUAAAAACUUGUGACAGAUUCAGUUUUUGUUUUUAAUAUGAAAACACAUGAUUUAUCGCGAGUUUUAACUAGACGUGAAAAACGAGAUUUAUUUCUAAAUAAAUGGUUUUAUGCUAAAUGUGACUGAUCAAUGUUUUAUUUCUCCAGCUACCAGCAAAGGAGGGUUUUCCUUUAAUCUGGGUGAUUUGUCACGAAAGUGUUAUUUAUGUCACGGGUCAUGUAACUCACGGAAGGCCUUCAGUCCUCUCGUUACAAGACAGUCAGGAACUUGAAGCAUAAAACUAUUAAACCCUAUCAAGUGAAACUUAUUACAGCUCGCCCAACUAAUGGCGCUGUCCUAAGAUAAUACUGAAAUUAGGCAAUCAUAUUUAUUUAGAGAAUUUUGUCAUCGUCUUGAUUAAACUGGAAAACUUGGCAAGCAUUCCUUGGAAAGUCUUCUUGUUCAAAACUGACUUGAAAAGAAAACUUAAUAUCAAGGAUGAAAUUCGUCCAUGUAAAUGAGUUAACAAGGACACUUGUCAUGCAAAAUCAAGGAUUUAUGGGAAAUAGCGUCCCAUGACCUCAGUAAAAGAGUUGGAAAAACAAACAGUAGCAACUUAAACAAAAUUUAAGCUAACCUGAAAAACUUUUGGAAACUUUCUGGGUGUGAUGGCCAGGGGCUAGGUCACCCAUUUUUCUAUCUUCCAGUAACAAGUUAAAACUUGUCUUCGAAUCAUUUGAAUUCCAAAAACAAUGAUCCCUUUUGUUAUUUGAGACUACAUUUAGACAUCGAAACUGCUUCCUGUCGUCUGCUGCAAUGGAUGGCAAGGAUAGACAUGCAUGGAUUGAAACUUAAAAGAGUUGUCAGAGUUGGGCUAACCUUUCCAAGUUGACAAGUUUUAUGAUAUGCCUGAAAAAUAUCAUCAUCAAAAAAAUUAUUAUGGUUAGUGCUCCCUGGUGAAAUUUUUUUGAUAUUUUCCUUAUAACUCUACAGGAGAAGUUUGUGUAUGGGUUCGUCAGUUAGUACCAAGCAUUAAAACAAAGUGUUAAAAUUAAACGGCUAAAAAAGCUUCUCAAAUUAAACUUUGGAUGUUCUUCCUCCAGGAGGUCUGGGACCGAAUUUGACAAUUUGCCGCCAAAAACCGCCAAAAAUAGCGCCGUGCAGCGCAAGGGUUUCUGGUCAAACAUUCAAAGAUGGUGGACGUUUGUAGUUCCUUCGGUUCAGUUAGUUUAUGCACUUAUCAAUUGA